AGUAACUUAAUUUAGUCAGAGUCAACAAUCACCAUGCAGAGCAUCCUCCUUAUUUGUAUUAUGCUUGUAGCUCCUUGUUGCACAGAGCCACAUUGCUCAAAAUUUCAUUACGAGGAAAGUUUACUAGAAAAGAUGAUUAGGACGGAAAUUCUUGUUCAAAAUAUGAAGAAAGAAAUUGGAGAUAUCCAAAAUCAAGUGAGAGAAUCGCUUGCAAAUCUGAAAGAAGAAACUAAUACUUGGAAAACUGAAAUUGAAACAUUGCAGGAGAACAGUAAAACCAAGCUAGCUGAACUAAGUGAGAAAGCAAGCAGCGAGCUCGACAAAAAUAUGCAAAAAGUAGAUGACUUGAAAGGUAGGGCAGUGUUGCCAAAUGUUGUCUUUAAUGCCAAGAAAGUCAUAAAUGAUAGCCCAGGAUCUGGUAAUACUAUCGUGUUCACUGAGAUAAUUCUAAACCUCGGCGAGGCUUAUAGUCCUGACACCGGAGUAUUCACUGCUCCGCAUGGAGGCACAUACCUCAUUACCGUCCAGUUAUGUGUUGACGGCAGUAAAUAUAUUGAUUACGGAUUGGUUGUUGACGAAGUAUACAUGAAUGUAGCGCGAUAUCAGGACAAUCAUGCAGUAGUUUGUUGCUAUGGUUCAACCACGACCGUCUCUUUGAAGCCGGGAAGCAAAGUUUGGGUCAAAGUCGUCAACCGUUCAUCAAGUGGAACACUUUUGUACGGCAGCAAUUCAAACUACUGGAAUACAUUCACAGGAGUUCUCAUUCGUGUUGAUUAAUAAUGUUUCGUGGUUAAUAUUUUACGAGCCUGUGGUAAUUUGAUAUAUCAGCUGUUUCAUUAUCCAUAUUGAGCACUACAUGUGAUAUAUGGUUGACUGCUACUGUUCUUUGAACAUUCAUUUUAGAAAAAAUAUUCAAUGUACUUUUUAGCAAGAUGUAUCGUCACUUACUAUGGCUGAAUUCAGCUUUAUAUAUUUGUAAGGUAUUACUUUAAUGUGGGCAGUGUAUUUCUAUCAAAGUCUAUCCAAAAUACCUCAUUUCCACCCUCAUCUGGCCAGAUUUCAAUUUUCAGCAACGUUCCGUUAUAGGCAUGAACACACUGGUCUUCUUAAUUUUAUAUAAAAUAUAGACAUAUCAAAUGGCUGCAGCACACAACAGAACCCAUUUUAAAUGUCUAUAACUUUUUUUUUCUUGAAGAAUAUAGCUGAAUAACAACCAAAAGAAAAGUGAUGGUCAUGUUUGAUUCAAGAAAAGCAAUUUUCAGUCAAACUAGCUCACUGUAAAAUCAGCUCAAAAUAACAUUCCACGCAAAAUACUGUAAUGUCAAACAUAAACCUGGCGUGUGCAAUGAAAGUAUGGAAAGAUAGUGACAGUUAGUUUCAUUUUAAAUGUACAACAACCUAAAUUCCUGAAAAAUACUAUACUUUAACUUGAUAGCAACAGUUAUAUGAUUUCGUCAACGCUCGAAAUUUUCUCGUUUGAUUUGGUAACAUUGAUAGUCAAACGCUUUUCAAUGCUGACAUUGUAGAAAGUAAUAUAGAAGCAUCCCGACGAAACGUCCCUGGAGACAGAGAAUUCGGCAAUGAAAUAUGAAAGUACAUUUUUUUACUUUAAGUAAUACCGUAUCUACCGCUUAGAAACCCAGCGAAUGAGAGAAAAAAUGCUAUAUAUAACAUGCUGCAAGACGUACAUCAUUCCUUACUUGAAUGUUCAUGAUGUAA